UCCAAGAAUGAUACCAAUGAAAUGAAAUAUGGUCUGUCGAAAAACGGAUUUCAAUUUAUCAACUUUUUGAGCCCUUAAGACGACUAAGGAACAGAAAAAAAGAAAAAUUUUGGAAUAUUUUCACGUAAAACAAAACUUGUUUCAACGUAAUUAUAUUUACAAUUACCAGCUGAUCGAUCGGUGAAUUCCCUGCGCCACUUGAAGUUCAUUAAAAUUAAUUAAUUCAGUAAAGUUUCCCACGUGUCACGCUGAAAACAUACAUUUUAUGAGAUACUAAAUCUUAUUACUACGUUGAAAAGGGUUUAUUCACCUUAAGUGAUGAAUUUUUGUUAUCCUGAGAGAAGAAAUGGAAGCUGGUGACCUUAAUCGUUUCACAUACGGAGUAUUACCUGAGAUCAAUCAGGCAACUAUUCAGAACAUAGAAAUGCAACAAAAUCCAGUAUCCAACUCACCUUUUAUUUUUUCGAGGCCGACUGUCAUCACGGCACAGCCACAAGGAGGAAUUCAACGACCAAGAAGGCCAAUACCUGUGAAUACUUCGGACUGGAUAUCAACCCCAAGGUCUCAGCUUAGUGUACUCUCGGGUAGCCACUUCUUAGGCAAUGUAGAACAAUUGGAAAUACAACAAAUUGUUGAUUUGAGCACAUUGCUUGGCAGAUCAGAAAAGAGAUUUCAAUAUAGGAUAAAAGUACCAAAGGCUGAAACUCUAUUCCUAGCAAUAGAAACGAAACUCAAGAAUCGAUCAAACAUCUGGAAUUGUUCGAAAUUGAUUCACGACGAUUUUGAGUUGAAUCUCAUGGAUCAGUGUGGCGAAACAGCGUUCAUCAUGAAAAUGAAUUCUAGUUGGACUUAUACUUUAAACAAAUUACACAAAAUGAGUGUGGGAAGUGCAAAUUUAAUUGGCACAGUGGAAGAAAAUUUCAACAUAUUGGGUUCGAGUUUCACGGUAUACGAUGAUACACGAAAAGAACUUUGUAACAUAUACGGUCCGAAUGUUUGCGGUUGCUGCAUGUAUCAAGAAGCACAAUUCCAAAUCAUUUCAAUUGAUGGUACUCAUCAAAUUGCAUCUCUUAUGCAUCAAUGGGACAAUAUUCUUCACGAUUAUAUUCUAUUAAUUACGUUUCCCGCGGACAUGGAUAUAAAACUAAAAAGUUUACUCCUUGCAGCAGCAUUUCUAUUAGAAUACAUGUACUUUGAACAAAUAAAAGGAUCAUCAUUGCGAACUUAAUCAAUCAAACUGUACAUAUAUUAAUUUGAAUCAUUGUUGACAAAAUGUACAGUUUGUCGCCCAGUGUGAAUCGAGUUUCUUACGGUGCCCAAAUCCGAUAGUCGAAGUGAACAAUGCAGUGGACAAUUUACGUGAAACUAUCAUCUCCUUUUAUAAAUUAUUAUAAUCAUUAUA